AUUCCACUAUGGAAAUCUCUCCGGGACAUCAGUUAUACAAACAUGAUUACAAAUACACGUAGAACGCACUAUCGUCGUCACUUCGUAUACAUAGGUUAUUGGUUAAACGUUAUUCCAUAUUAUAAGUCAUCUUACUGCUUACACGUGUUCUUGGUGGAACAUACGCUGAGGGCAUCACGACAACCGUGUAGAAGGCAUGUGCUGUAGAAAUCGCCAUUUUACUGUUGACACUUUAGCAGUAACUUGUGAGAUAUUGAGUGAAUGAGAGAGCUCCCCAAAUUCACCAUUCCGCAGAAGAUGAGUGCGUACACGUCGAACAGACAUAAGGAGUCGAACCCGGAAGAGAGAUUAAGUGUGAUCAAGCAAGGAUGUGUCAGCGUUGGAUUCAUGGUCAUCUGUUACGUGAUCGGAUAUUACGUCAUGCCAUUUCCGGUUCCAGCUCUGCCAACGCCCAUUUCCCGUUUGCUUUACACGCUGCAGUGGCAGGUAGUUCCUGCGUAUCUUCUGUUUGCAGGAAUUGGAACAGUUGCUUUGACGAGGUUCCUUACUCCUGCCAUUAACCCAUUGAACGCUAACAGUGAUCACAUUAUCACAGUGCAUGUUCGAUACGUUCAGAACACUUUGGAGCAGUUUGUGUUGAGUGCUAUUGGGCAACUGAUGAUUUCAAUUUACCUUGAUGACCGGCAGAUGAAACUCAUACCGGUUCUUGUGUUUCUCUUUGUGGUAGGAAGGAUUACUUUCUGGAUUGGAUACACUCGCUUCUAUCUCCAGCGUUUAUUCGGAAUGACUCUGACAGUUGUGCCAACCAUGUUGUUAUAUGUUGUUCUGCUUCAUUACUUCUUUAUAUACGGCCCAAUGAGCAUGUUGUGGCGAUAGAACACUCGCAAGCAGUCAAGGACAUUGCAAACAAAGUCAAAGAAAACAGUGCCCAAACAACAAAGGACGAUAGCAAACAACAAGGGGUGAUAACAAACAACAAAGGACGAUAGAAAAUAAACAAGGAUCCCAACAAACAGCCAAGGAUCACAGCAACAGCCAAGAAUCACAACAAACAGCCAAGGAUCACAGCAACAGCCAAGGAUCACAACAAACAGCCAAUGAUCACAACAAACAGCCAAGGAUCACAACAAACAGACAAUGACCACAACAAACAGCCAAGGAUCACAGCAAACAGCCAAUGACCACAUCAAACAGCCAAGGAUCACGGCAAACAGACAAGGAUCACAACAAACAGACAA